AUGCUUCCCACACCAGAUACUUCUCACGUCCCCUACGAGCGUGUCUACGAGCCCGCCGAAGACUCAUUCCUCCUCCUCGACACACUCUCCUCCUCCUCCGAGACGCAGUUCCUCCAUGCCACAUUCUCAUCUUCUCCCGCUCUCCCCUUUGUCGUCGAGCUCGGCACCGGAUCGGGCGUCGUCCUCGCCUUCAUCACCGCCCACGCAAAGACCCUCUUCGGCACCUCCCACAUCCUCACCGCCGGCGUCGACAUGAACGCCUUUGCCUGCCGCGCAACAAUCACAACAGUAGCAAAAGCCCAAGCCGAUUCAGUCGCCGAGAGCAGUGGGGGCAAUGAAAUCACUCACGGCCUGUACCUGGGCUCCGUCAUGGGCGACCUCGCCGCUCCCUUGAGGAACCGCUCCGUCGACGUGCUCGUCUUCAACCCGCCAUACGUGCCGACGUCGGAAAUGCCCGCGCGGCCGGAGACCUUCACCGAGGACUUUUCGCCCAAGACGACGUUUGACGACGAUUCUUACUUGCUUGCGCUGUCGUAUGCCGGCGGCGCGGACGGCAUGGAGACGACGGACAGGCUGAUUGAUGGCUUGCCGGAGAUUUUGUCGGCGAGGGGUUGCGCGUAUGUGCUUCUUUGUGCGCAGAACAAGCCGGAGAUUGUCAAGGAGAGGAUACGGGCUUGGGGGGACGGGUGGAGGGCGGAGACGGUUGGGUCGAGUGGGAAGACGGCUGGGUGGGAGAAGUUGCAGAUUGUGCGGAUAUGGCGAGGCUCGGCGCCGUGA